UAUCUUGUCACUCUAUCGCCGUCAUCUCUGCAUACUUGUAGACACCCGAUUUUCUGUUGUCACACCACGUUGCCUUACAGACUCCUGAAAGCUCACGUGGUCACUUGUACGCCUGCUAAUCAAGGCAUGUCACUUGCUCUUGAAGCCAAUUCUUAGGAUAUACUAUCUAACGCUGUGGCAAGGACGUCAUAAGACUGACGCAGACCUGGUCUACUUCUUUUGAAUUAUCUGCAGCUGCCAGUCGUUUACUAGGCCUGCCCCCCGUCGGCUAUUGCUACGGCGAGCGGACACGUUUUCGUCAGGGCUGCGUUGUCGUCAACAUUCCACCUCAGUGGAGAUGCUGUGUCACUGGAGGCCUAUACUUUAGCGGUCUGUCAUCCAGCUGGACACUAAGAUUGUAAUUCACAAAUUCCGCGGCCUUUCCGUUCGGUUUGCUGAAACUGAGUGAGUGGACGAGUCGAUGGAAGGUGGAGUCCCCUCGCAGCAAGGCAGAAGCAACACGCUAGACCACGUCAGCGCCUCCAAUAUGCCUCCCUCAGCAUCAUCUCCUUCACAAACGCAGCCUCCCAUGAUGCCCCAGCGGUUCUCCCUAGCGGGCGCUCAGCCCAUGCUACCCGGCCCCGCAACACAGCUCCUCCUACCUCCGCAGCACUUCUCAGGCAACCCCUUAGACCGGACCUACGACAAGCGUCUCAAGUUUGACGGGACGUCCAAGCAGGACGAGAUCAGCUUGGUCGUCGUGGCCGGACGUGAGGUCUGCGUCCGGGAAUCCUCAGGGGCUAGCACUUCCUCCCAGUCGGGUGCCUUCGGCGGGGCUGGCGGGGCGACCACCAGCGGUGGCGGCGCCAGCGCAACCUCGGGGGCAGACCUCCAGGCGCUGCUCCUCAAUGCCACGGACCCAGAGCUUGACCUUAACAGUGACAGCAUUUGCUUGUCAUGGGUGUACGGUGACGCUGUCUACCAGCUGCCGCUCUACCUGUUAGGCCAGGACCGUACGGAGCGUUGGACGUUUGCGUUGGACGUGACUGACUGUCGGGAGGGCUUCCUGGAGUUCCUUCGGGACGCAUGCGGACUGGGAACCGGGGUGGCUCUCACCGACCUGAGGGCGGCGCUGCCGCAGCUGUCGCGGGACGCGGCGGCGAUUGCGGGGCAGGCUACUGCGCUUUCGCAAUGGCAUCAGAGCCACAAGUUCUGCCCCCGCUGCGGCAGCCCCACUGCCCCCGUGGAGGCCGGGUUGCGGCGGCAGUGCAUCGCGGUGGCCACACACAAGCUCUACCCGCGAACCGAUCCCGUGGUGAUCAUGUUGGUGGAGUCUCCGGACGGGCGGCGGGCGCUGCUGGGGCGCAACAAGAAGUUCACUCCGGGCAUGUACACCUGCCUGUCGGGCUUUGUGGACCAGUGCGAGAGCGUGGAGGAGGCUGUCCGUCGGGAGGUGUUUGAGGAGUCGCGGGUGCUGGUGGCAAGUGUGGCGGUGGUGGGCUCGCAGCCCUGGCCCAUCGGGCGCUACGGCGGCUGCGAGCUGAUGCUGGGCUGCAUGGCCAAGGCGCGGAGCUACGAGGUGCUGGUAAACAUGGAGGAGAUGGAGGAUGUGCAGUGGUACGACAAAGAGGAGCUACGAGCCGCAGUACAAAUGUACGACAAUGCGACGUCGGCUGUGGACGGCGACGGCGUGGCUGAUGUGCCCAUGAGCGUUGCACAACUGCAGGAGAACUCCCUGGAGCAGCUGGGCUUCUUUAUUCCCCCUCCGCUAGCCAUCGCACACCACCUGAUCCGCACCUGGGCCCUACACGAGGGACCCUGGUUCCCCGCUGGGCCGGGGCAGCCGUCCAUGGCGGGCGCACCGCAGCCCUACUCGGUCGCUUUGCCGCCGAUGGGUAGCCCGGGAACGGCAGCAGCAGCAGCGGCAGCGGGGCCAGCGGUUCAGCAGCAGCAGCCCCGGCAGAACGGCAAGCUUUGAAGGAGGAGAGGGGUGUGUGCAGAGGGUUGUGGCGAGGUGUUGAACAGCGCGGUUGUUAGGCAGCAACGGUUGUUGUGGAUGGUGGUGUGUCGUGCGUUCUGGGUUGACCCUUUUAGGCGCUGAGGUUGCAAGCUCUUGACUUUUUGGGGAGCGGAAUUGAAACGACGGCGCUUGGUUUUGUCUAUAGGUUCGUAAUCGGGUUGCCCUCAGGCGCAGCACGGUUCCACUAGUGGGCCAUUUAGAGGUCGUCACUACGACGCAGAUGGCGUCAGACAGUCGCUUGGACUGGUGGAAGCAGGAAAGGCUGUGUUGGAAAGCUAUAUCUGGAGAUAACCAGUCAUCAGCCAUAUGAUGGGGCCGACUGUGGAUGGAGUGGCGCAUCGUGGUUCAGGAAGGCCUGCCUGGCUUUCAUAUCUCUUCCUGUCCUCCACGCCUCGACCUUUAAUCGCCAUGUACAGGACGUGAACAGGUUGAUUUCUUGCAUGGACCGGCCUUCUUUUUCCUCAUAUGUGUGUGUGCUUUCCUGUGCGCUUGUAUAUGCGUAAUUUUGUCUUGUGCCGACGGCAGCUUGUGGGGAUGCCCCUUCUCUUAUCCGCAGCAGGCGCUAUUUCGUUGCUGUUCCCAAGCGGCAAGCCGUUGACGUAGGGGUCAUCACGCAAGACGUUGACUUGGGGGCACAUAGAGAUCGCUUGGUUGACCGUGCGCAUGUUCUCUACAUCGAUCUGGUCAUUAGAGAGUUCGUGCAUGGUUCCUCCUAAUUAUGGAGCCAAGCCAACCCAGAUAAGACAAGACACGAGAAACCAAACCGUCUCUCCCCUGUCAUACAUGCAGCACCUGCUCACUCACUUCCUAUACGACGUGCCGUACGUUUGUUGCGUGUGUUUGCCAUCUGCCGUACUCAGUCCGCAGCUGCAGAACCCGGUGUGUGGCGGUACUUGAAGCUGCGAGACGCAUUGAAGCAAGGCGGGAGGGGCGAUGUGGAGUUGGUGGUGGUGGCUGGCGCCGGUUGAAAGCAGCAGCCGGUCCGACAGGGUGUUGACGAGGCAAUCCUUCUUUAGUGGCAUGGUCGCAUUAUUCCUUGUCUGAUACGGCGUUGUUGCUUGCGCGUACACAUCUUGCUGGUCUCACAUAUGCAAUCCUUACAAGAGGCGAAGGUGCGCCGGGUAGCUCUGCAGUGGUCGGUGUUUUCCGUGUCCUUAAGAGCUACCUGUCAUUGGUUUGACUGGGUGGAGUUAAUUUCCUUGCUGGGGUGCGUUGCGGACGUCAUGCAGUGCGAUUAAACCUCGUUGGAUCUCAGGGCGGCGCUGACCGUGGCUUUUGAGGGGGGAGAGAGGUUAGUAGGCUCCGCAGUUGUGCUGUGAGAUUCCUGCCAUGCGCGCUUUGAACACACACGCACGCACAUGCAGCGUAUUGCUCAGGUAUGUUGUGUGUUGUUCGUGGUCUAGGCUACGGGGUAGGUGGGGCUUGCCCAGCCAGCAUUUGACUUGAGCUUCUGGUUGGCACGUUCACACGUUCACGGCUGGGUACGAAUACGACAGUUAGGUACGGCAAGUCCGAAUGAGGACUUGUUUUUGCUAGACUUGCUAUUGCUAGGUUGCAAUCGACAAGCUGGGUUCUUGGGAUGGAAUGUUGUCUGGCAUUAGGCCACAUGCCAGUACCGGUAUUGCAGUGGGUAAUAUACAUACGUCUUACUCGGAAUUGGUUUUUCCAUGGGAGUCCCCUCCUAGAAUGACGUCGAUGGCUAAGCUGGGAGCCCUCUGUCUAACCGGUAUCUUCCCUGGGUACUCACCUGUUACUCA